AUGAUGCAUGCUGAUAUUGUGAAAGAAAACGACUCCGAAAUACUCAUAAGAGUGUUGAGUGGUUCAUUAUCGAAUUCUGAAAUUUAUCAGCAGUUGUACAGUUUAAUCGUUAAUAAACAAUAUGGUUGCUUGCAGUGUCUUUUGAAGCAUUCACAAUUAGACUUUUAUGAACCUUUUGAAGCAGAUGGGUUUCGGCUGCCAAUUCUACAUCAUGCUAUUCGAUUGGGUGACUUUAAUGCUUUCAAAUUACUCUUGGAAAAUGGUUUAAAUCCUCUUGUAUGUACUGGUGUUUGUCAGCAAAAUGACACAGAGUUCGUCUGUGAAGAUAUCGUACAAUUUGCAUUUCGUUUUACGUCUAAUCCAAAUAAUCGAAAAUAUAUAUCACUAUUGUUUCAAACAUUCUUACACAAACUAAUUACUAACCUAGUGGAAGCUUGUGGCAAAGGUGAUGAUGAGUCAGUUGAACAAUUAUUAACAUCGUCAUCAUCAGGAAGUUUACGUAUUCGUUGUACAGUAAGGAGGUUUGCUAGUAGACAGUUUCAUUUAGCGAUAAAUUCGCCAAAUUCCUCUCAUAAUUCAUCUACCAAUUACGUUGUUAAUAGUGUUAAAUCUAUUCAUCAACCAUUAACUAGUCUAAUAUCGAAUCGUUUGAGAAGUUUAAAAUUCAAUAGACGUCUAUUAUGGAGUACAGGAUCUAAUCGAGACAAUGAGAAAAUGGAGAAGACAGAGAAGGAAGAAGGACAGCAACAUAUAGACCAACCUCAAAGUAUAUUAGAAUUAUUGUCAUUGGAAGAAAUUCCAAGCUGGAGUUCUGAUGAAAAUUCUGAAUCAUAUAAUUUACAAUCUAUGAAUAAUGAUCUAUGGGAAUGGGCAAGGAGUCAAGUUAAAUCUUUGUUGGUUAUAUGUGUACAAAAUAAUUACAUACGAUGUCUUAACAAAUUAUUACAAGUUGGUUUUGAAGUUAUCCCAGUGAAUUCUUCUUCUUUAUCGUCAACCUUCUCAGCAUCUGAAGAAAGUGUAGAGUUGUUAAAUCACAACCAAAAUAUCAAUCACUAUUCGAAGUCUAAUAAUGGAUUGAGAAUUUUCGUUGAAGAUAUUAACUCUGUUGGAAAACAACAGUUAUGGAUUGAAUCAGUUUGUUCCAAUCAAGAAAGUGCUAUUCAUACUGCUGUACGAUUAAAUAGAGAAGAAGCAGUCAAGUCAAUAAUUCAGUGGGAACCAUAUUCAUUAGCUGUUACAAUUCAUGGUAACAAUGAAUUAUCAUUUGGUGUAUUACCAAUUCAUAUUGCUUGCGCUUUGAAUCGUUUAAAUUGUUUACAACUAAUGUUAACAAUGAAUACAUCUAUAGUCGAUUUUAGUAAUCAUUAUUAUAAUACUAGAAGUAUUGAAUCAAAUUAUUCUAGUUUAUUUUCUUGUCGAAUAAACAAAUCACCAGGUUUAUAUAAACAUUAUUAUUGUAUUGAUCAAAUGGAUAGUUAUAAUAUGACUGGCUUUCUUUUAGCUGUAAUACAUGGUCAUGUGGAUAUUGUACGUCAGUUGUUAAAAUUUACAGUGAAAACUAAAAGAUUAAUGAACUCUAUGACAGAAUUAAAUAAUUUCAACACUGAUAUUAAUCUUGAUAAUCUUUAUCAACAUCAUUCAACUGUUCAUGAUAAUAAUACUAGUACUACUAAUACUACUGAUACUGAUAAGUUUACUUGCUUUAACCAACUAAAUGUUUUAGGCAAUCAAAAUUCGCCAUUAACUGAUAACUAUAUAGAUCAUAAUGUGUACUAUGAUGUAUGUCCAAUUGAUAUUUAUCGAAAAAUUUCAGCCUGCUGGUAUUUCGUUACUUCAAUUAAUAAUAAUAAUAAUAAUAAUAAUAAUAAUAAUAAUAAUAAUAAUAAUAAUAAUAAUAAUACUAAUAAUAAUAAUAAUAAUAAUUCUGUUUCAUUGGAUUAUAACGAACGACCAGCGAUUAUUAUUAAUCCUCGGUGUCAUCAAAGUUUAGAUGACCAUGCGAUUUGUGGAUAUUUUAAUGCAUUACAAUUGUCUGUAAUGACUGGAAAUAUUGAUACAGUUUCAAUUCUGGUAGAUUAUCUCAGUCGAGAAGUGAAUACAUUCUGUACAUCUUGUAUACAUGGUCAAUGUUAUAUUCCUCAAGAUAAUUCUGCAUUAUCCAAGGUGUCAUCGUCGAAUCCCAUAUGUUACACUUCUCAUUUAACUAAUCAAAUAAUGUCAUCUAAUUUAAAUUCUACAAAUCUACAAUCAAUUAUUACAACUCCACUUGGUUUAACAUGUUGUCUAGCGGAAACUGAUGAAAAUAAAGCUAUUGAAAUAGCUUCAAUUCUAUUGAAUAUUGGUGCAGUUGAUUUUAACAAUCAAUUAUUUGUAUACACAAUGAAAAAAUCCUUUUAUAAAUUUGCCGGUUUAUUAUUUAUUCAUGAGAUAUUACUUAAAUCUAUUGAAUUAAAUAAAUCUGUUGAUAAUGAUUAUAUAAUUAUUAUAAAACAUUUGAAUUUAUCCAAUAUGAAAUCUCUUCAAUAUUCAAUCAUAUCAAAUUCAUUCUGGUUAUUAAAUUCUAUUAUACCACAAUGGAUUAAACUUUUGGAUGAUCUAUCAAAAUUCCAUAAUAUCAACUCAUUCAAUUCGUCAUCAUCAUCGUCAAUGUCAACAUCAUUCUCAUCAACAUCAGUAAAACAAGAAUCUACUGUGAAUGAAAAUAAUAAUAAUAAUCAUUAUAAUCGUGAAUUAUAUAAAUAUAUUAGUCAACUGUUUUUAUCACUUCCACGUCCUACAUUCACUAUGAAUAUUUUCAAUAAUAUAUCCAAUCAGUUAAUUACACGUAUUACAAUGUCAAAUUGUGGUUUACAAACACUUCCAUGGUGUUUAUUUAAUUGUGUUAAAAAUUUAAAGGAAUUGGAUUUAAGUAAAAAUCGUAUUCGAAAUUUACCUAUACAACUACCGAAUGUUCCAAUGGCAUAUCGAUCAUGUCAAUCCGUCUCUACUUGUUGGACAUCUAGUUUGAUUUAUUUAGAUUUAUCAGAGAAUUGUUUGGACUAUUUGCCAUCAUGGUUAUUUGUCAAUAUGUAUGAAUAUGAACAAGGCAUCAUAUCGUUCUCUUGUAGAGGAAAACUAAACAAUGAUGAUAAUAAUAAUAAUGACAAUCUAAAAGAACAAUAUGCACAUGUUCUUACUGAAAAGACUAAGCUCAUUGAUUCCCAUCCCCUUCGUCGAUGUUAUUCAGAGACCUCAGUCAAUACCACUACUUCUUCAUUACACCAUACAACAGUGAUGCAUGAUUCAUUUGCACCAAAUCUAUUACAUUUAUUAUUGUCAAAAAAUCAAUUACGUGUACUACCACCGGAAAUAUGGACAGGCUCUUUAUGGUGUAAAUUAGAAUUUCUUGAUUUAAGUUGGAAUGAAAUUGCUUACUUACCAAUGCCGAAUUUAUUAAAAGUACAAUUUGAACAUUCACGACAAAUGUAUAAGCAAUCAUUAUAUAUAAAAACACAAUGCUUAAAAGCAACUAAUGAAUUCAAUUACAAUAUGCAAUUUCCAAACAAUCUUGAAGAAUUUGUAUUCAAUUUUAAUUCAGAAGGUAUUUCAUGUCUACCAACUGAUCAAUUGAUUACUACAAUAACAAAUUAUUAUCAACCUGUAGAAAAUUAUACUACUAAUCAUACGAAGAAUUAUAAUGAUAAAUUAUUGAAAAGAAAAUCUGUUGACUGUUUUUAUCAAUAUGAACAACAUACAAGUCAUCUUACACAUCUUUUGUUACAUCAUAAUUGUCUUAAAACAUUACAAUUAACCAAUUCAAUAAAUAGUUAUUCAACCCGUAUACAUUCAUCAAAAUUAUUACAAAAAAUAAGUCUUGCUCAAAUCUGUCCAAAUCUUCUAUAUUUAGAUGCUAGUUAUAAUUCUAUUGAGAAUUAUUUCGAUUUAUUUUUAUGUCCAGAAUCUGUGAUGUAUAUUGAUUUAAGUUAUAAUCAUAUGAAAAUCCCUGAUGAUGAUGAUCAUCAUCAUCAUCAUUAUCAAUAUGAUUCUCAAUCAUCCUCAUCAUCAAUAGUUUGUCAGUUUGAAACUCUUUUUAAAUCAUUUUCUGAUAAGAAUAAAUCCAGCCCCACAUCGUAUUCGUUACGCAAUUGGGACUUAAACAAAUUCCCAACGUGUAAUUAUUACUCAAAAUUGGAGCAUCUCAAUUUAAGAGGCAAUCAAUUUCACAUAUUCCCUUAUUGUUGUUAUACUAACACAUUAAUGAAUAAACUUAAUCAAACUAAGAUAUUCAAUGAAUUUCAACUGAUCAAAUCACUUUCAUUCGGUAUACAGCCAUCACAAAAAAUAAAUCUGGGAUCAUCUUAUUUAAUGUCAACUACAAAUGAAAUUAUACUGUUAUUUCCAAAAUUGAAAACAUUAGACUUAGGUGAAAAUCCUUAUUUAAAAUGUAUCUGUCCUAGUCUAUUACAUUUAAUUAAUUUACAAUACCUUUCAUUGGAUUGUUGUACAACAUUGUGCGAGCUACCGGGUGAUUUAUUUCGUUUGCCAAAUCUACAAAGUAUUUUACUAAAUAAAACACCAUUUGUUAAACAUUUAGCAACACUGAUCGAUCCUACCUUAAAACUAAACCAAGUUGUUGGAAUACAAGGCAAUAACAAUAAUGAUAAUGAUGUUAAUGAUUAUCCAAAUUUAAAUGAAAAAAUAUACACACGACGUAUACUUUCAUGUUUGAAAUCAGUAACAGAUCAUUUAAUAAUUAGUAAUUCUAUUGCACAUUCGAUUGAUUUAAUUUCGAAAAGAUCCUAUCCGUAUACUCGAUUUCGUGUAAUGGUUGUCGGUCCAACAGGAGUGGGUAAAACUACAUUAAUUCGUUUGUUACAAGCAUCUGAAACUGGGAAAUCUUCUUUUCAAACUAACUUUAAUGAAAAUCCAUUCGAAACUGAUUUGCAUACAUUAUUAUCAUCAUCAUCAUCAUCAUUGCGAUCUAAUGAAACUGAUAAGAUACCAGAUCAUCUCUUACCUUCAGUUCAAAUUACAAAUUUAACAAUAAGUCGUCAUAAUAACAGUAAACCUAAUGAAUCUAUUAACUCAAAUGUUUCAAGUGGAAUUACUAAUACUAAUACUGAUAGUAAUCGUAAUUUCUGUGAGACAUUAUCAUUCAGUAUUUGGGAUUUAGAAAAAAGGGUGAACACCACAUCAUCUUUUGUUAAUACUACUACUAAUGAUAAUGAUCAUUUCGGAAGUAGCAUAUCUGAUAUGUCGUCUGAAUUAGCUUAUCCAUCAGAAGUAAUAAUUAAUACUCAAUUGGGUAUACAUUGUCAAUUAACGAUAUAUUUAGUUCUGUGGAAUACAGUCGAUGGUUUAUCAGGAUUAAAUCGUAUUACCCCAUGGUUAAUGAAAAUCAAGUCAAUUAGUCCAAAUUGUCCAAUCAUAUUAAUCGGUACCUAUUCUGAUUACCUUUUAAAUCUAAACCAAACUAUAACUACUGAUAAUUCAUCUUCAAAUAAUAUCAGUAGUAUGAAUAAAUCAAAAAACUCCAAGUAUAACAAUAAUAAUCUUAAAUUUCAUUUCAAUCUAAUGGAUAAUAUUGUUCGUAGUAGAUUUUUUACAAAUUCCGAUUUAAACGCAUAUGGAUUACCAUAUUUGUACAAUUAUAUGUUUAUAAAUUUAUCCAAUAUGAGUAUGAACCAUUCAGAAAGAUUACAAAACAGUAUUUAUGAAUUAGCUACAUUAAUUUAUAAUGCUGCUUAUCAUUUCAGUAUAACAAAUCGUACAGCUGAUGUAUUGUUGCCGAAUAUAUCUAUUGCUCCAAGUUUAUCUCAAUCAUUUUUACAAUUAUCAAUACCAAAAUUAUAUCACUUAGCUGAAAGUAUAACGCAGCAAUUAACUAUUGAAAUGUUGAAUGCACAAUUAUCACCAAUUAUGGAAGUUGAUAAAUUUAUAUUCGAAUUGAAUAAAUGUCUUUCUAAUUUACUGCCUCAUCCGAUAAGAGUUUGUUUUUCAUCGAGUAAUGUUAAUAAUAGUAAUAAUCACAAUGGUAGUGCUCCGGUUGAGUUAUUGUCCACAUCGUCGUCGUCAUCAUCAUCACCAUCGUCAUCUUCAUUAUAUGCAACUUCUUGUAUACAUGGAUUUUAUACUUAUUCUGAUAUAAAAAGCAUAUUAUUAUUUUUAAAUCAUAUUGGUACAAUCCUUUAUUUUAGUCAUCAUAAAUUAUUAAAAAAUUAUGUAUUUUUAUCACCUCAAUGGUUAUUGAAUACUUUAUUAAAAUUAAUGAUUAAUAUACAUAAUAAACAAUUAUGCGGUAUGUUUAAAAAUUAUUGUACAUUGAAAACAGAAUGGAUGAAUACUAACAACAUAAAACGACAAUAUCGUAAUGAAUCGGUAAAAUCAUCACCAGAUAUUAGUCGGUUACAAUAUCAAGUUAACAGUGAUAAUGAUAGUAAAUCUAUUAAAUAUACUCCUAAUAUUCAUUUGAAACGUAAUUCAGCUGUUAUCAGUUCGUCUUACUUAACUGAUUUAAUUAAUUAUUUCAUGAGAACUAUGAAGACAAUCAAUGAUAAUACUAGCCAUGUCCACAUGACCAACAUUCAUGAUGUACCAUUGGAGGAAAUUUUUCUAGGAUUAUUUAAACAGUUUGGUUUAAUAGUAUCCAUUAUUAGUAAUGAUGAUUUAAAAUGUCAAAAAGUUGAUAACUUGAAAAUGAGAAAAACUAGAAAGCAAUUGUUAUUAUUACCAUCAUUAUUAGCUGCGCGUUGUUUUCAACCAGGACGUUUACAUUCUUAUUUACAACCAGCAGUGAUUAGAUAUGAGGAAAACUACAUAUCUAUGAAACAAGGUUCAUGUCUUCGUUCUCAAUCACUUAGUGUUUCAACUUAUCGACCGAGGUAUACCGUACACCAAAAGCAGUCGAAAUCGCGACCUAUAAAUAAUGUGAAUACAGUUGAAAGUGGUAAUAAUAAUAAUAAUAAUAAUAAUAAUAAUAAUAAUAAUAAUAAUAAUAAUAACAAUGAAAAGACGAAUCAUCCUAGAUUGUCUCAGUUUUUAAGUUGGCGUGUUCAAACUUCGGUCAAUAAAGAAAUUGUUCGAUUAUAUGCUGUUACCUAUAUACCAUUUGGAUUUUGGACAGAAUUAAAUACAAGGUUAUUAAAUGAUUUAAGUCUACAUGAAAUUUGUGGACGCAUCUACAACUUAUCAAAAUUACCUUCUGAAUUAUUUCAACUAUUAUUAUGCAAUAAUUUGCAACAGAAUGAUAACUUCAAAAAUUGUUGUCAAUAUAUAUGUUGCACCGGUAGUCAUAAUGAUCAUGGUAAUAUUGACAAUUGUCAUACAUUUAUGAAUAAUACAUCAUCACAAUGUAAUUUAAAGCCUGAAUGGACAGUAUGGAAACGUGGUAUGCGUUUGUCACUUGGUCAUGGUCAAAUCGGUUUAGCACGUUUACAACAAUUGACACGUGCCAAUUGUGCAUUGUUAAGAAAUCAACCUUUCAAACAAUCAUUUCUGAAUUUUACCAACAAUCGACAAUUAUCAUCUUUGCGUUCUUUGGUUUCCUCCUGUUCUCCUCGUUCUUCGCCUUUUUCUUCUACUACAAAAACAAAUGAAUUAAUUUCAAAACUUCUUUCUCAGUCUUAUUAUUGUGAAGAAUGGGAUGAACCAUGUGCUAUAGUUGGUGAAGAAGUUAUGAAACAAAAUAAAAAAUCAAUAAUAGUUAAUCAAAAUAUUUCCAAUACUGAGAACAACUUCAUCUUGUCGAAUUUACCACUAAAUAAUGAUACUGUUUAUCGUAGUGGUGUUGUAGAAACAAUUAAACAUUCCUAUGAAGGACGCUGUUUACGGUUAAUGCACUGGGUAGUGCAAGACGAUCAAAAACAUGGAGAAUUUCAACCAUAUACUACGACGAUGAAAACAACAACAGAAUCAUCACCGUUAAGAACAACAGCUUGUCAGGAACGUACUGUAAAGACUGCAUCUGAUUUUAAAAUACAAUGUAAUCAUGGUUACCUAACUGAUCAAGAACAUGAUGCAUUCCAAAACUCAUGUCUUAUUGAAAUUUACUUACCAAAUUUAAAUAUCUACUGGGAAUAUAAACAAACUGACAAAUGUUCAACUGUCAAUUCUAACCAAACACAUAAUCAUUUAGAAGUUAUUGAUUCUCUACGAAAUCAUUCUCAACUUCGACAAAAAAAUAGUUUAAGUCCAGAUUCUCGGGCAGUUGCUGAACUAUUAGCAAAAUUAGUCAACCAUAUUGACACAUUAUUAGAAGAUUGGUAUCCAGAUCUAGGAGCGAAAUUAAAUCAAUCUAAUGAAGGUGUUUAUUUAGUUGAACGUAUUAUACCAUGUUGUGCCUGUCUUGCUACACCAAGCCGUCAUCUCAAUAAUUUUUUAAGACAGUCUCUUAGUUUUUCCACCGAUAACCAUCUCCAAAAUAUGAUGAAAAAUUCCUCUUCUAAUAGUAUCAUUAAUCAGUAUAAGGAAAUGGACAAAAACUUAAAUGGAAACAAGUAUUGUUUGAAUCAAUUAUCGUCAAACAAUAAGAAAUCUAAAUCUGUUCAAUAUUUAAAUGAUGCUGAGAAUGAACUGAAAUAUUCUUAUUUGAGCUCAUCUGUAUUAUCUGUACCAAAUGAUUUAUUCACUAAUCAGGAAUUAUUAAUGAAAUAUUCUUUGGACAUCAAAAAUUUCGAUGAUAAUAAUAAGAUGAUCACAGAGAAAUAUUUAGCACAUCAUAAUAUGUCCAAUUCUUCGAAAUGGUCGUGGCCUUUUAAACGGAAUCGAUAUAAAAGAGCACAUUCAGCAGAUCCAUUAAAAAUGACUAACCGUAAUAAAAAUGAUAAUGGUAAUCAAAAUAAAUUAACCAAUCCAUCAACAACCUAUACAUCGUUUGUUUAUGGUAUCACUAUUAGUGAAUAUAUUCAUUGGUAUGUAAUGAGAAAUUCAAAUAAAAUAUUACAGCCUGGUGAAUUAUAUUGUCCUAUACAUUCAUCUGUUCAGUUAUGGGCUCCAGAUUUACAAUUUAAAGAUAUUCCUUCAACACUUUUCUUUUCUACUGAUCGUGUCUAUUUAUUGGAAUUUCUUGGACGUGGAGCUUUUGGUUCCAUAUUUAAAGGUUCUGUAAAUAAUUCAAAUCCAUCCAAACAACAACAAGUAGGACGAUUAUCAAAUAGAAUUUCACUCGAAACAGUCGAUCAAUUUAAUAACAAUCGUACCACAGAUUUCAUUCAUGAGGUAGCUGUAAAACUAUGUUCACCUAUUUAUCCUAAUUUAAAUAGUAAUAGAAGUAAUUGUAAUCCUAUGUUUAAUUCUAUCAACUCUGAGCGUAUCAAUUUAUCAUCAUCAUCAUCACAGCACAAGUGUUCUACGUCGAAUCUUUCCGAUGCUUUGUUUUUAUAUCGUCAAGAGCAACGUAGAUGGUUACAUAACCCAAUUGAAGCCUGUUUAACUGCUUAUCAGGAAAUUCGAGCUGAAUUAAAUAUCCUAUUAUCAAUUACAAGAAAUUCAUUGUAUUCUAAUCAAUAUUCUUUUCCAUCAUCAUUAUCAUCAUGGUCACCAUCAUCAUCAUCAUCUUCUUCAUCAUCAUUAUUAUUAUAUCAUAAGAGUAGACGUACUAACAGAUUAUGUAAUAGUUAUAGUUUAAAAGAAAAACGAUCUAAUCAAAGUUGUUUUAAUAAAUGUUUACAAAAGAAUAAAUUAAAAGAUUUUAAUAAUAUGGAUAAGAUAAAUAGUAUUAAUGAUAAUAAUAACUUACUUAUUUGUUAUGGAAUUAUUUAUCCUAAUCCUAUUGGAUUUUUAAUGCCAUUAUUACCAUUAGGUAAUUUAUCUGAUUAUUUCAAUUCAUUAUUAAUAUUAUAUCAAGAUUUAUUAAAGACAACAAUGAAUACAUCAUACAUAACAACAAAUUAUAAUGAAUUAUUUAUUAAUCAUCCAUUACAUCCAAUCACUAUGACGUUAAUAAUUAAUCAGAUAGCUAAAGGACUUGCAUAUCUUCACUCCUUAUCUAUUGUUCAUCGUGAUGUAAAAUCGGAAAAUAUAUUAAUUUGGUCAAUACCACCUCCUUCUACAAUGAUGAUGAUGAUGACGACAUCAUCAACAUCGGAAGCGAAUGAUCAGAAUCCAUCCGAAGUACAUAUUGUACUAACUGAUUAUGGUGUAAGUCGAUUCAUGAGUGUACGUGACGAUGAUGAAGAUGGCAAUGGAUGUAGAGGAUAUGUUGGUACACCUGGUUAUAUGGCCCCUGAAAUUUUAGACUAUAUAGGUGAACAAACAUAUACUUCAAAGAUUGAUAUUUAUGCUAUGGGAAUUUUAUUAUGUGAAAUGAUUCAGUUAGAACAGCCGUACAAAAAAUCAUCAUCGUCAUUUUAUCGUUUAGCUCAACAAGUUAUUUCAGGUGUACGUCCUGAUAUUCCACAACAUUUUAUUAAAUGUUGUCCUAUUGCAUUAAUCAAUUUAAUGACAUAUUGUUGGUCAUCCAAUUCAAAUAGACGACCAUCAGCUGAACAAAUUGUACAUUUAACUAAUUCAUAUCAAUUAUCUACUUCAUUAUUAUCAUUAUCAAAUGAAAUUAUUACUAAUCAUUGUAAUAAUAAUAAUAAUAAUAAGAGGAAGAAGAAGGAGAAUAGAUCAAAUUCAUUACCAAUUUAUCAAAAUAAUUGUUUUAGUCAUAUACAAUCGGUGUAUUCAAUUGAUUUUUUAAAAGUUGUAACUUGUGCUGUAAUUGACAAUAAUUAUAAUUUAUGGCUUGGCGGUUAUAAUCAUAUUCAUGAAUCAUUCACAUUGAAGAAUAAUGAUGCACAUUCUAUUAAAUUAGGUUUAUUAAUCAUUAUUCCUCUGGACAAUUUCUCCACAAAUUCAUCAUUGUUAUUAGCUUCUUGGCCAAAAAUUCAUAUAUUAAGACAAUAUUUUAAAAGGUUUAUAAACGAAUGUGACUUAUGCAUUAAACUAUCCGAUUGGCCAAUUCAUUUAUGUAUAUUGAAUAUCAAUGUUGAUGAAGAGAUGAAAAUAGGACGCAAAGAUUCUGAUAUUUCACCUCUAUUAAUAACUUGUUUAACAUAUUUUGGUGAAUUAAGAAUAUAUAGAUCAAAUAAUCAAAAUUCUUUAAAGUAUAUUUGUCUUUUAAAAGUGCAACUGUCACAAUGUUGUUCUACAUUGAAUCGAAAUUUCACAUCGACUAGUAAUGAUAAUGACAAUAGAUGUGAAAAUCUUUUUCAAGAAAUUAAUAUGAUGCUUAGUUGUAUAAUGUAUGAUUAUAAUCAACAUAAAAUGAAUGAUCAAGAUUACAAUUCAUCCUUGUCACCAACAGUAUCAUCAUCAGCAGCAACGGCAACAGCAUUAUCUAACAAAUGUAUUCACUUCAUAUUAUGCUUAUCAUUUCCACAAAUUUGUAUUAUAAAAAUUAAUAUUCAUUCUGGUUUAAUGUUGAAAUUUGAUCGACUUAUUUUUAUCGAUAUAGAUCAACCUGUUCAUUCAGGGAUUAUUCUUCCAGAAAUUUGUGGUUCUAAUAUUUGGCUUAGUCAAACUGGCAGUAAAUUAGUAUGUUAUGCAUGGAAUGAUUCAAAGUGUGAAAUUCAAUCCUCCUCUACACCAUUAUCAUCAUCAUCAUCAAGUUAUCUAAAAUUUUAUUCAUCCUGGUUUGUCCCUUCAUUGUUCAAUUCAGAAGCAUCUCUAGUAACUCACUUUUUGAUUGAAAAUUCAAAACUAACUAGUAAUCGUCCAGAACCUUUGGUGGAAGAUGUUGAUACAAGUAAACACGUUUGUGUUUGGACAUAUUUGGAACCAGAUGGAAAACUUGACUGUUGGUCAGCUUUUUCACAAACUCUAUUGAGAAGUAUCAGUUUAAUACAUCAAUUGGAUAAUGAUCUGUUCACAGAGAACCUUUCAACAUUCGAAAUUAUUGGAUCAGUUAAUACAAUGGAAUGGCUUAAUUUAUCAUCAAGUAUUCUUUUAUUAACAACCCAUGGUUAUUUGAUUCAUAUUAACGUAAUGAAUACUAACUGUGUUACUAAUGUUGAUGGUAAUUCAAUGACAACUACCUAUGAUACUAAGAUGUUGAGAGCAACAACAACAAGAACAUCAGCACAAACAUUUUCCUCUUCUACAUCUCCAUCAUCACGAUCAUUUUGUCAGUUAUUUCACUAUCAUGGAUUAUUUUCAAAUAAAGAUUUCUCUUUAAUUACUCCAUUAACAUCAUCAAUAUCAUCAUUAUAUCAGACAAAUGUGAAACAUUUUCCAAAACGUAUUAUCACUAUAAGUAAAGGUUAUUUAGAUCCUUUAAAUUGGAUCAAUCAUCAUGUUUCAUCAUCAGCUUCUUGUUCUCCUACUGAUUCUACAUCUUUUAAGAGGGAUUUCGUUGAAUUAACAAUGUCCAAUAACAACAAUAAUAUUGAUGAUUAUAAUAAUAAUCAUAUAAUUGAAUGUUUAAAUCAAGAGAAAUUUUAUCUAGUUAAAUUAUUCUCUGAUCAAUUUUUAUUUCCAUCAUAA